CGAUAUUUAUAUGCAGUGUAUGCAUAUCUUAAAUGUAAAUUCAUUCAUAAGACAUUGAGUGCACAACAGAUUUCUAACAUGCUGUUAUAUUUGAUAAUACAUUAUUACAGGAAAAGAAAAUAAAUAAAACAGAAGAUUAAAAAAAGACGGAGAGACAAAGUGAUAUAGAAGAGUGUCCUAAAAGAAACAGACGACAAGAAAAAAUUAAGAAACAGACAUUUAUAAUCUUUUCUGUUCCUCAGUAAUUCAUUCGUUCAUCUUAAUUAUUAUGCCGAUUUUGCCUGAAUUUUUCGAAGCACUUAAGCGCUGAUUUUAUGGUGAAUCUAGAGGAAGACAAUGAUGUUGUGUUGAGUUAUCAUAAUUAUUUGGUGAGAUCAUCGGAUGCUGCGUUGUUGGAGAAAAAUGAUACAUGGCUCAACGAUAUCGUAAUAGGAUUUUAUUUCGAAUAUUUGGAUCAACAAUAUAAGAAGAAUAAUAAGAGACAGUUAUUAUUUAUUGAUCCAGGAGUAACUCAGUUAUUGAAGAUGCAAGCCCCUUCGCAAUACAAUUUUCUUGAUCCUAUUGAAGCAACAAGUUAUGACUUUAUAUUUUUUCCUUUGAAUGAUUGCGAAGAUGAACCAGGUGGCUCGCAUUGGAGUUUGCUGAUAUUCUCUCGUUUAGACGAGAUGUGUUAUCAUUAUGAUUCAUCAAACAGUAUUAGAGCUAUUGCAGAAAAAUUUGCUAAGGAUGUAAUCAAAUAUUUUCUUGAUAAGCAAGAAAGAAGAUACAGUGAAAUGGAUUGUCCACAACAAAAUAAUGGCUAUGAUUGUGGUUUAUAUGUCUUAUGUUUAGCAGAUUUAAUAUCGAGAUAUAUUCUGAAAGGUUUGAAAAUAAGAGAUUGUGAUUGCAGUCUAGUUACAGAAAUGGUCUCAAAAAAGCGUAUGCAAUUAUUAGGAUUGAUUCAGGAUUUAAGAAAUACGUAAUAAUGAAUAACAGAGUUACUCUUAAUAUUUAGGUAUAAUUAAGGGAUGCACAGCCUG